CCUCAGGCAGUCUCUGCCGCCUCUGCAUGGCUGCGACCCGGCGAGCGAAGAGUCGUCGCCGCUGAGACCUGGUGCCCUUCAACGGCCUGGCUGAUCUGGGACCCUGCUGCACAGUGUGCCCCACCACGGGCCCCCAGCUCAGCCAUGCUGGCCUGUCUCCAGAGGACCCAGAACCCACCGGGCCAGCACCUGGCCUGCCCGAGCAAGAGCCUGGAUCUGCGCAAGUGCGAGACAGCGGCCAGCUCCAUGCAUUCGUCCCGCUACCCGAGCCCGGCCGAGCUGGACGCCUAUGCGGAGAAGGUGGCCAACAGCCCACUGUCCAUCAAGAUCUUCCCCACCAACAUCCGGGUGCCCCAGCACAAGCACCUCGGCCGCACCGUCAAUGGCUAUGACACCAGCGGCCAGCGCUACAGCCCCUACCCACAGCACACUGCUGGCUACCAGGGCCUGCUGGCCAUUGUCAAGGCUGCUGUGUCCUCCUCCGGCGCCGCUGCGCCCGCCGGACCUGCCAAGAGCGUGCUCAAGAGUGCCGAGGGCAAGCGGACCAAGCUGUCGCCGGCUGCCGUGCAGGUGGGCAUCGCGCCCUACCCAGCGCCCAGCACUCUAGGGCCCCUGGCCUACCCCAAGGCCCCCGAAACGCCUGCCCCGCCGCCCGGCCUGCCCGCGGCUGCUGCCACUGCCGCCUCCGUCAUCCCCCUGCCUGGCCGCGGCCUGCCCUUGCCGCCUUCCAACCUGCCCUCCAUCCACAGUAUUCUGUACCAGCUCAACCAGCAGUGCCAGGCCCCGGGUGCCGCACCCCCCGCCUGCCAGGCUGUGGCUGGUCCCCACCCCAGCCCGGCCAAGCAUGGCCCCGUGCCCAGCUUCCCCGGCAUGGCCUAUGCGGCCGCUGCUGGCCUGCCUGACUGCCGGAAGGGCGCCGAGCUGGGCCAGGGAAGCGCAGCGGCCUUGACAUUGGCUGGGGCCACCAAGCCUGCAGGGUACGCAGAUGGGGGCCUGGAUUACCUGCUGUGGCCGCAGAAGCCACCCCCGCCACCGCCCCAGCCACUGCGGGCCUACAGUGGUGGCACGGUGGCCAGCAAGUCCCCGGAGGCUUGCGGGGGGCGGGUUUAUGAGAGGGCCGGCGGGUCGCCCCUCAACUGCAGCCUGGGGCUGCCCACUGGCUUCACUGUGGGCCAGUACUUCGCCGCCCCCUGGAACAGCGUGCUGGUGACCCCCACCAGCGACUGCUACAACCCAGCGGCGGCUGUGGCGGUCACUGAGCUGGGGCUGGGGGCGGCCCGGGAGCUGGCAGGGCCCCCCGCGGAGGCACUCUCGGGCCUGCCCAGCAAGAGUGUGUGCAACACGGCAGUGCUGAGCAGCAGCCUGCAGUCGCUGGAGUAUCUCAUCAAUGACAUCCGGCCACCCUGCAUCAAGGAGCAGAUGCUGGGCAAGGGCUACGAGACCGUGGCCGUGCCCCGGCUGCUCGACCACCAGCAUGCCCACAUCCGCCUGCCCGUCUACAGAUAAGGCCCACCCGGCAGCCACACGGACAGACGGACAGGGCGCCGAGUGGGGAGGCAGGCUGCGGAACAGGGUGGGUGGUGCACAGGGGCACCCAGCCUCAUCCUGGGCCCAAGUGCCCAUGGAUGCCCACAGGGAAGCCAGGCAGGCUGCUGCCAUGCAGCCGCCUGAUGGGGAGGAGCACGGUCGCCAGACUCCCCAAGGCCCCUUCCUGCCACCAGCUGCCCUAGGACACGGGGAGGGCCCAGGGCAGCUGCUGACGUCCACCACUGCCUCCAUCCAAGCCAGCAGAGGCAGGGAGACAGAAACCACUUCAAGACAGGAAUGGUUCUUUCUGGCUUUCCCAGGAGAGGAGCUCAGGCCAGGGUGGGAUACAGGAAGAAAUGUGACAGUCUAGAGUCAGGGUGGGGUCAGAGCAGCCCCCCAGGGGUCAGACAUCUCCCACCAUGAGCUCCCCAGUCUCCUGGAAAUGGAGCAAAGGAGGGGUAUAGAAAGUCACAGGGCCUACAGUGUCCCCCACUGGCUAAUCCAGGUGAAGACCAUUCUAAUAUAGGCUCCAAGGAUUACCAGCCCCCCCUGCUCCUCCUCCUCCGGGUUCUCCUUCUCCUACCAUUCCUUCCCAACACAGAAUUGUACCCCAUUCCCACUCUCUCCAAACCCUGUACUACCACCUUCCCCCUUCUCUCCACAUCUUACAGGGCUGCUGGGCACAGCUGUACAGGCUGUGCACUGCACAAGGGCACCUCGUCCAAGGAGACACCAUUUGCAUUCUAGACUUGUAUAUUUAUUAUGGCAAUUUUCUGAAUCUUGAGGAAGGGGCGCCAUUUUCCCUAUUCGCACAAAGGCACCACAGGAGCUAACAGUGGGCCUGCCAUCUUAGACACCAGUCAGAGGGAACCUACCCUGCCUUCUGGGGUUUUCCUAGGAGCCAGCCAGGAGGCGACCUACUGGUUUUAGUUGGGAGACCCAAUCCAACUCCCUUCCAGCAAGCUGCCCUCCAAAGCCGGCUGGGCACCAUCAAGGGUUGGGGAGGGAGGCAGGCAGGGAUCCCUCUCUACCCACCCCCCCAACCCUGGUUAUAUCCCCAAGGCCCGAAUUCCCUGAGCCCUGGCCCCUCUGGCACUCCGGAAUCGGUACUGUAUCUCUCCAAGGCCUGUUCAAGCACUAAGUGCAUUUACAAAUCUCUUGAGAAUGUUUUUUUUUUAUACUAAAAUUGACCAUUAUAUUCUACUGUGAGAAGUGCAGUCUGCACUAUAUUGUUUUAAAAACGAAGAGAAAGAAAAAAGAAGGAAAACACAGAUGGUGUCUCAGCUGUGGAA